AUGUCCCUCGGCCUGGAGCAGGAGAUGGAACGAGAGUCUAACACUGAUCGCAAGGCCCAGGGUAGAAGACGUCGUACUCAGCUACUAAGUAUUUUGGUCCUAAUUAAUAACUUUAUUAAGAAUCAAAAACAGACAAAGAUAGAGAAAAGAAUCGAACGAUAUAUACCGGAUAUGAAGCAUAUACUGAUGUGGACAAGACUUCCUAAUGUUGAAGAAGAGGGCCAACAGUAUUUCAUAACUCAUAAAUGUGAGCAUAUAAAUUGUUACUUUACGUCAAAUCGGAGCUUGCUUAUGGACUUGAGGUACUUCGACGCUAUUGUCUUCAAUGUCCAGGAUGUCAGCAGCCAAUCUAGUGAUUUGCCUAAAGUAAGAAGCAUAGUUCAGAAGUACAUCUUUGCUGCGAAUGAUUCUGCUGACAAUUAUCCUGUUUGCAGUCCUGUUUAUGAGCGUUUCUUCAACUGGACCUGGACUUAUAGGCUAGACUCCUCUAUACCAUACAAAUUCAUCAGCGUCUAUAACAUCCACGAUGAGGAACUUGGCAACAACAUUCUUUGGGAAAAUUUCGUAAUGAAACCAGUUAGCAAACUGUUCAUAAGUUCUUUGAGCUCAAAAUCUGCAGCUGCUGCAAUAUACCUUGACAAAUGUACCACAAUAAGUAGAAGAGAAAUAUUUCUCAAUAAUUUGAAAAUAUUUCUUGAACCUUAUAACCUCACUGUUGACGUAUUUGGCCCUUGUGGUAACAAGAAGUGUGGAAGGACCUCAUUGAGGUCUUGCUACUAUAGAAUCAGAACGACCUAUUAUUUCUACCUGGCUUUUGAAGACUCCAUAGCAACUGAUUAUAUAACAAAAUCUGUUCUUUUUGGGUAUAACAAUCUUGCAGUGCCCGUUGUGUUGGGAGGAGCUGAAUAUAGCAGGUAUCUGCCGCCAUACUCCUAUUUAGACGGAGUAAAAUUAGGAGAGCGUCUCACAGCGAAACUAAUGUACGAAGCGAUACAAAAUAAGACAAAAUACUAUGAAUUCUUCAACUGGAGAAACCACUAUACCAUUAAGGAAUCCAACGUCCUUGACGCGUGCAGCCUUUGCCAGCUCCUUAAUAGUGAAGGCUGGUUGAAGACCAGAGAAACUUAUACAACGUUCAGAAAUUGGUGGAAUUCAAACUACAUGGAGCGUUGUAAAGCUGAGAAGAGACUUAAUAUGUUUUAA